AAGGGAAAUCGGGGCGGAGCCAGUCCUGGAUAAAUACUCCCAGUGGCCAGCCCAGGAGUCAGAGUCUCUGCUGCCAUCACCCAAGCCAGGAGUCUGAGCCCACUCCCAGGCCACCUAGAGAGAAUCACCACCAUGUCUUGUCUACGGCCUCUUCUACUCUUAGCAUUGCUGGUCGUUGGCACUCAGCUUGCUUAUGCUCAACACUGGUCCCAUGGCUGGUAUCCUGGGGGGAAGAGGGCCUUAGAUGAGAUCCCAGCCCUAGAGACCUCCGAAGAAGGGAAGGUGUGUAAUGGUGGUGAGAGAUCCCUGCUAAAGACGCUGUUGGCUGAUGUUCUGGUUCAGCAACAACAGGAGAAGUGACCCAAGCUGGCAUCCUUUCCCUCCAGGCUGUUGGCAGACACCUUGCCCUCCACUUCUGAGAGUUCCCAAUGUUCUUUCCAUUUUGGUCAUGGAUGUCUAUCCUUUGCCCGUGUGAGUCCCUGAAGGACAGGGGUUUUGCCAGGUCAAACUUUGUAGCCCCAGAAUAUUACUUACACUAGAUCAUGAAUAAAUGUGUUGGGUUAUACAAGUUCUCUUCUAUUUCACUAAUGAUCUUAUCUGCUCUCAGGGUUUCAAUGAUCUCUAUAAAGAUGGCCCACAGAUCUACUUGCCCAGUCCUAACCUCUCCCUCAACUUCCAGGCUCCCAUUUCCAAUUGCCCAUUAGACAUUUCAUACUGGAUGCCCUCUAGACAUCUUAAAUUCAAUGUGUCCAAAAUUGAAUUCAUUAUCUUCCCCCACAAACACUCCCCUAUCCCUAAAUUUCCUAUUACUGUUGAGGGGACCACCAUUGUCCCAGGUCCCCAGGCUCAAAACUUAGAUGUCAUCCUCAACUUCCCACUCCCCCAUACACAUCCCCAUAUCCAAUCAGAGGUCAAGUCUAUCAUUUCAACCUUUGUAAUAUUUCUCAUAUAAGACCUCUUCUCUCCCCUAACCCUGGUACAGGCCCUCAUUCGCUCACACCUGGAUUAU